AUGCAUAUUCUGGUCUUCAUGCGAACCGUGCCAGCAUGCUUCCUUGCGUGGCAGGGAUACUAUACCACGUUCAUCCCGCAGGUCGGUCAUACAACCAACCUCAUGUCCCGCAAGAAAUACGGGGGUUACACCUCCUCGCGUGUGGCUACAGAUAAGUUCUCUCCAAGAAUGAUAACCGACCAACGUCUUGCAGUUGCGGAAUACUCGGAUACGAGUCUCCCUCCCGCCACCAGCCAUGCAAUCUUCCCUGUGCUUGAUGUUCACAUGGCUCUGGGUAUUGAAUACUAUCUAGUCAGCUACCUCGCCAUCAUUGGUGGUGACUCGUCAGGCACAUACUGCGCUAUCAAUCUCAAGGGCAAGGGCAAAUCGGUGAUUGUUGUCGAAAAAGAGGGCCGACUCGGUGGUCAUGUCCAUGUUUAUGUGGAUCCCACCACGGGCAAUGCCAUGGACUUUGGCGCCGCAAUCUUCCCCAACACUACGUGGGUCAGGAGCGACUUCGCACGCUUUGGCAUCCCACUGAAUGAGAAACCUCCACUCGCUUCCUCGAGGGAUUUGUCCAUGCAGUUUGGACGGUUUGUGGAGAAAUACGAAAUCCAAGCUGCGCUGCCCAGCAUCUACCUGGCGAGUCCAGGGGCGGGGGAUUUCUUGUCCAAACCGGUCCUUGAAGUAUUUCGAACGGUGCCAUCCGAUGUGAUCGAAGAUGCUUUCACGCCUAGCUCCUAUGACCCUCCCGACCAUACCGCCCUCGAGCUAUACACCCGCGAGUCGGGAAAUGGGAGUAGCAGGAAGAACUAUAACAUUGCCCUCGCUGUAUAUUCCCAACGGCACCAGGCAUGUCCUCGCCAAAAAGCUACUGAUCGCUAUCCCCCCCAAGCUCGACUUCCUGACGUCUUGGCUCAACCUCAGCACCUCAGAGCAACGCCUGUUUGGCAAAUACAUCAACACCGGAAAAAUGUGGCGGUCGUCAACAAUACUGGCUUCCCCGGAGGUACAAUUCAUUUCAACCGGGGCUCGGCACAUACUCAGUACGAUUUUCCGUAUCUACCGGAACUGCACAGCCUUAUUCCCGGGUUCAUUCCAGGUUUCGAGCUGGCCGUUUACAGCACUCCCCGCACGCGGAAGUCGGACCCGAUGCCGGACGAGGCUGUGCGGACACAUAUCCUGCAAGACAUCAGGCGCAUCUUGGAGCAAAACCCGGACCAGUAUUCGCAUAUCGAGCCACAUAUCGUGGCAUUUUUCAACCACGCUCCUUUCAGUCGCCAGGUCCGGGCAGAGAAUAUCAAAGAUGGAUGGUUGAAAGGUUCGAUGUCUUUCGCGGUAUCAUCAAUGUCAUACAUGCCCCUCUUACAUGUUGAGUGGCCUUGGGCAGCUUUCGUGGACAGCCCAAUGAUGCGCUUCAAAUCCCGCCCAAAGAGCAGAGGUGACGCCGCAGGGCUUCCCAUCUCGACCGCGGAAGGUGCACACGAAGUCAUUGCGAGAAUCCCUCUGGACCUCGUAGGGGAAUCUCUGUCGCUGCCACUGCGGAGUGAGCUCCACUGGUAUCUCCGCGCACCAGGGCCGGCCACAAUCGAGACAUCCGUUGAUCAGCUCUAUGCCCAGUCCUAUAUGCUGACGAUGCACCAUAUUGAGGCAGACACCGUGAAAACAGUGAAAGCAUUCAGGACACUGAAAGAGAUCGCCUUGGGCGUGGCUACAAUGACACACUUGGCAGCGAAAAUCCCCCACCCAAACGCGUCUCACUGGUGCCCGGAGACCCUCCAGAGCCUCCGGCCUCCAGAGCGCAUAUUGCCUUAG